UCAUUCAUUCAUUCAUUCAUCAUCAAUCAUCUCCUACAUUUUCAACGUUUUCUCUUUAUUACUACUCUGUUCUUGUUAUCUUGAUCAUCUUCAUCUUUGAAAAAUGGCAGUCCUAAAAAAAGCUGCAAAAUCAAAGAUGGAGAAGAAAGAAAGGUACAGUGAUAAGCUCAAAAAACUGAUCGAUGAAUACUCUAAGAUACUAGUUGUUUUAGCCGAUAACGUCGGCUCGAAUCAACUCCAGCAAAUCCGUCAAGGUUUAAGAGGCGAUUCAGUCAUUUUGAUGGGUAAAAACACCUUGAUGAAACGUGCACUUAAGUCUUAUGUCCAAGAAACUGGUAACGAAACUAUCAGACCACUUAUGGACCUCCUUGCGGGGAAUGUGGGUUUGAUCUUUACUAAAGGUGAUUUGAAGGAAGUACGUGAGGAACUUAGCAAAUACAGGGUCGGAGCUCCAGCUCGAGUCGGCCUCAUUGCUCCGGUUGAUGUUGUCAUUCCACCCGGAAACACUGGACUUGAUCCCUCUCAAACCUCCUUUUUUCAGAUUCUCAACAUCCCAACCAAAAUUAACAAGGGAACAGUCGAAAUCAUCACCCCAGUAGAGAUCAUUAAGAAGGGUGACAAAGUGGGUUCUUCAGAAGCAAUGCUACUAGCUAAGCUUGCUGUCAAACCCUUUUCCUAUGGUCUUGUUGUCGAAAAGGUUUUCGAGGAUGGUUCAGUCUAUGAUCCUCAAGUAUUAGACUUGACUGAAGAUGAUCUCGCUGAGAAGUUUGCUUCUGGCCUUGCUAAUGUCACUGCUCUCGCGCUUAGCAUCUCUUUUCCUACACUUGCAGCUGCUCCUCACAUGUUCAUCAAUGGUUACAAGAAUGUGUUGGCUGUUGCUGUUGCCACUGAUUACACUUUCCCACAAGCUGAAGAAGUCAAAGAAUUCCUUAAGGAUCCAAGCAAGUUUAUUGCUGCAGUAGUUCCAGUGGCUUCAGCUACUGGCGGUGAUGCUUCAGGCGGUGCUUUUAAGGAGGAAGAGAAGAAGGAAGAGGAUUCGGAAUCAGAUGAAGAUAACAUGCUUAGCUUGUUCGACGAUUAGGGUACCACGCGGAUAAUGAAAUAUUAGAUGGUUGCAUCUUUUGUGUGUUGAGCAUAGCUACGGUUGUUAUUCAUGUUUUAGUCAGCUUAUGCUAAAGACAUUGCUUUAACCAUUCACAAUUUUUUGAACAAUUGUGUUGUGGUUAGUCUAUGAAAACAAUUUGGUAGUAGUUAAUUUAAUAUAGAGCUGGCCAUUUAUGUUAUAUUUAUCAUACUUAUGUAUGCUCCAAUUUAACAUUGUGUUGUAUUAUGUUUAUGAAUUUUGUGCCUGUUAAUCUGCUA